AUGAGUCAUCAAACGAUGAAAUUUUCCAAUGUGUUGAUUUCUUUGUGUCUUUGCACUCUUUUCCCGUUUGCUUCAUUUUAUAGCCCAGAAGCAAUGCGAGAUCUCGUUACAGAUUUACCUGGUCAAUCUCAUGUGAGCUUUAGGCAUUACGCUGGUUAUGUCCCGGUCGAUAAAACAAAUGGGAGGGCUAUGUUUUAUUGGUUUUUCGAGGCUAUGAGUGUUCCAAACCAGAAGCCUUUAGUACUAUGGCUUAAUGGAGAGGCCAACAUGCUGUUUCUAGAAUCUCCCGUUGGUGUUGGGUUUUCUUAUUCAAACACAACUAGUGACAAUAAAAAGCUUGGCGAUGAUUUUACAGCAAAAGACACAUACUCCUUCAUCCAAAAAUGGUUAGAGAGAUUCCCAGCUUACAGAGAAAAGGAUUUCUAUAUAGCAGGAGAGAGCUAUGCAGGAAAGUACAUACCGGAGCUUGCAGAGGUCGUUUAUGACAAGAACAAUGAUAACUCGUCACCUCAUAUCAAUCUUAAGGGCAUUUUGCUUGGAAAUCCUGAAACAUCAGAAGCCGAAGAUUGGAAAGGAUGGGUGGACUAUGCAUGGAGCCAUGCAGUGAUAUCGGACGAGACGUAUGGAGUCAUAAGCAAGUUUUGCAAUUUCAGUAGUAACACUACUUGGGAUAUUAAAGAAUGCAAAGACGGAGUAGACGAAGUACUCAAACAAUAUCAUGAAAUUGAUACAUAUAGUCUCUACACUCCUACCUGUAUUAGAAAUUCAACGCUUAAUUCCUUCAUUGAUUCGAGGCGAUUCAAGACUAAUCUCGCAAAUUCCAAAAUGAUGCCGAGGUUGAUGGGCGGAUACGACCCGUGUUUGGAUGAUUACACAAGAGUCUUCUACAACAGAGCGGAUGUUCAGAAAGCUCUUCAUGCAAGUGAUGGUAUACAUCUCAAGAAUUGGAGCAUUUGCAACGAUGAUAUUUUUGAUAAUUGGGCUGAUUCAAAGCCCUCGGUUUUGCCUCUAUAUAAGAAACUAAUUGCUGGAGGAUUGAGAAUAUGGGUCUACAGCGGAGAUACCGAUGGAAGAGUUCCCGUACUUGGGACAAGGUACUGCAUAAAUAAAUUGGAGUUACCCAUCAAGACAGCUUGGAGGCCAUGGUACCACGAGAAACAGGUAAGUGGAUGGCUUCAAGAAUAUGAGGGUCUAACAUUCGCAACGUUCAAAGGAGCAGGACAUGAUGUGCCUUCCUUCAAACCCGCCGAAUCCCUUGCAUUGUUCUCGGCCUUUCUCAAUGGAGUUCCACCUCCUUUGUCACGAUAG